AUGGAUUCCGAUAGUGGGGGCAGCAGUAAUGCUGCCUCCAAUAGUAAUACAGUAACAAACGACAUACAAAAACCUAAUUUGCAACAAAAAAUCAAUAGAUAUCGAGUAAAUGAUAAUGGGCCUUUCAUAGUUCUUAUUCAAUCAAAAAAUAUAGAGAAGGGUUUAUCAAAAAUUCACCCAAUAAAACUUGGUAGGUCUUUAAAGAGAGCAAAGAUUGAAGAAGUACAUAAAAUUGUGAGAAAAGGUACAAAUCGAUUGGGUAUUGAAUUCUUAACAGCUAAGGGAGCAAAUGAUUUUCUUAAAUCUAACUUUUGUAUUAAUGAAAAUUUAGAAGCUGCUAUACCAGUAAAUUUAGUUAGCUGUAAAGGCGUUAUUAAGGGAAUUCCAGUAGACAUAUCAGUCGAAGAUUUUGUGAAUACAGUAGAAUCAGAAGUUAAAGUUAUUUCAGCGCGACGAAUUAAUUUCAGGAAAAGGAAUGAUGAGGGGCAAAUUGAAUAUAGUCCAACGCAUUCAUUAAUAGUUACUUUUGAAGGUAAGAAACUCCCAAAACAGAAAAGAACACAGAACAUGAUAGUGAGUAACAGAUAUGUACAGGAAAAAGAGGAUUUUCCUCAAUUGCCAAAGCAUGAUUCUAUCAAGGAAAAUGUUAUUGAAGUCCAAGAAAGAAGGGAAUGGAAUAAUAGGACAGCAUAUAGGAGAACUCCACUUUACUCACAAACAGUUAGAACCCCAAAAAGAAAAACACAACAGGAUUUAUCUCCACCUCUAGAUAAAAAGGUAGUCAAAGAAGCAAUUUUUCCAUCAUCAGCAAGGAGUGUCAGUUCACCGACACCUAUGUAUUCUUUCUUAGAACGGAACAGACAAGAAAAGGAGAUAGAAGAAAAUCAGAAUUUGGUACAACUAAGCAUAGGUUUAUCUGACUGGGUUGGUCAGAUAAUAAGUCAAACAACUCUGUUUAAAAGUCAAGGAGAAAGAAGUCAACAAAGAAUGUUAAAAGAAAUGCAAGAUAUACUAGAGGAUGUAGAAAUGACAGAAGCGAGCGGAGAAAGCCUCAGGGAGGAUGAUCAAAAUGAUUUCGAAUGGCAACAAAACGAUUGA